CACAUAGGUUCAUUUUUUUUUGUAUAUACUUUUCAAUUUUGGGACUUGUGGAUCAUUAGCAAAGAAGAAAAUGCACUACUAUGUCCUGUUCACCUUCCUGACCCUGGACCUGGCCCCCGUGGCCCUCAGUCUGUCCACCUGCAGUGCCCUCGACAUGGAUCAAUUCAUGCGCAAGAGGAUCGAGGCCAUUAGGGGGCAGAUCCUGAGCAAACUGAAAUUAAACAGCCCCCCUGAGGAUUACCCGGAACCCGGAGAGGUUUCCCAGGAUGUCAUUUCUAUCUACAACAGCACCAGAGACCUUCUUCAGGAGAAGGCCAACGAGAGAGCUACCUCCUGUGAGAGGGAGAGGAGUGAAGAUGAGUAUUAUGCCAAAGAGGUUUACAAAAUUGACAUGCUACCCUAUUACACCUCUGAAAAUGUCAUUCCACCAAGUUAUACCACCCCAUACUUCCGAAUCGUACGAUUUGAUGUCUCUUCAAUGGAGAAAAAUGCUUCCAACCUGGUGAAGGCAGAAUUUAGAGUGUUUCGUUUAAUGAAUACAAAGGCACGGGUAUCAGAACAACGGAUAGAAUUAUAUCAGAUUCUAAAGUCGAAAGAUUUGGCUUCACCAACGCAACGCUAUAUUGAUAGCAAAGUAGUAAAGACAAGAGCAGAGGGAGAAUGGCUAUCCUUCGAUGUCACAGAGGCAGUCAAUGAAUGGCUCCAUCACAAAGACAGAAAUCUUGGAUUUAAGAUAAGUUUGCACUGUCCCUGCUGCACCUUUAUUCCUUCUAAUAACUACAUCAUUCCAAACAAAAGUGAAGAAUUGGAAACCAGGUUUGCAGGUAUUGAUGAUGCCUACAUGUAUGCUGGUGGGGAUUCCAAGAGCAAGACUGGCCGGAAGAAGCACACAGGCAGAACUCCCCACCUCCUGCUCAUGCUUUUGCCUUCAUAUAGGCUUGAGUCUCAGCAAUCCAGCCGAAGGAAGAAAAGAGCUCUCGAUGCCGCCUACUGCUUUAGGAACGUCCAGGACAAUUGCUGUCUACGUCCCUUAUACAUUGACUUUAAAAAGGACCUUGGUUGGAAGUGGAUACAUGAACCCAAAGGUUACAAUGCAAAUUUCUGUGCUGGAGCUUGUCCGUAUCUGUGGAGCUCAGAUACUCAACAUAGCCGGGUGCUAAGCCUGUACAACACCAUUAAUCCGGAAGCAUCUGCCUCCCCGUGUUGCGUGUCUCAAGAUUUAGACUCCUUGACCAUCUUGUACUACAUCGGGAAUAAGCCAAAAAUUGAACAGCUUUCAAAUAUGAUUGUAAAAUCAUGCAAGUGCAGCUAAAAGAACAAAAAGGGCAGGAUUUUUUUAGGGAUAAAAAAAAAAAUGAAAAUAGUUCAAUCAGUGUUACAUUGAAAAAAAUAAAAUAAAAUGCGGUACUUGUAUGUGGAAGAUUUUUAGGAAACAAAAAUUAAACUGGCAACAGAUGCAAACAUUGAAGGUUUUAAACUUGCGUUCCACUGGCUUAAUAAGACAUUUAAUGGAGAUCUUUAAAUAAAAAAUCCCUGUGUUAAAGCAAGACAUUCAGGUGCCAAAAAUGUCUCUCCAGAAUGCCUGCCAGGAUGAGCCCAUCAAUUAUUUUUUUUACGUUGAUUAUGACCUGAUUCCUUUACCGGUACGCUAUAUUAAGCGUUGAAAUAGUACGUAUUAGUCUUAGUUUACCUUUGAUGCCUGUGGCAUAGUCAGUACACAAAUCUCCCAUUUAAAAAAUAGAAACAAAAAGCAACAAAAAGAAUUUCUAAUUUUGGCCCAAAAAAAAAUGUAGAUAUCAACAUAGGAAAUUCUGCCUAAUGCAGACAAAAUUUAGAAAUAGAAUGUCUCGCUGUUUAUAAACCUUUUUUUUUUUUAACAGUUUAGAGACGUUUAUUUAAAAAAUAAUAAACACUGGAAGAAUUUGUUAGUGUUUUUAUGUGAAAGGAAAAGAAAAACAGGAAUAACCCAUUUUGUGGUGUUGCUGUCCCAUGCCUUACUUGAUUUCUCUCUAUUGUUCUGCCUUAAGGCAUCGUACCCAUUCCUUUUAGUUUGUAGUUUUGACAGACAUUAUUUAUUUGUGUGGAAUUAAGAAGCAGCCUGUUUUUUUUUGUUACCAUUGAGUAUGUGGACAAAUGAAGACCAAAAUAAACUGCUCAAACCAUGUAAUGCUCAAGAGCACGUGUUCCAACAGUACACGGAUAUGGCGACCACCUUCAGUCAUGCACCACUUAAAUGGUUCCAAUGGCCCAAGGCACAGUGGACAGUAGCAAAAUAGUGUCUUUUCUGGUACUGAAAAAUAAUCCCAAAGCCUGAAAAUGGAAGGUGCCGUAGAAUACCGGAGAAUGAUAUACUCUGCCGAUGAGUAGAUUUUCAAGUCUUUGUUUAUGGUUCGGACAGAAGGGAAAAGCUCAAUCAUAAUGUCGCAUGGGACUUUGAUCUUGUGGGUCAAUGGGUUUUUUUUUUUAUACCAAAAGACUUUAUUUCAACCUGGAAAGGCUGGAAUUGACAAUUUUUGGAAACUUUAUUAAAUAUCUUAAUAAUUCCAUCUUGCUGUCCACUUAAUCACAGAGGGACUGGAAAUGUAUAUUGAGUGAUAUCUUCCAUGCGAUUAUAUAUGCUGUGUGUUAAAGGGACAAUUUACAAAGCUGAAUAAAACCUGCACAUUUUUUUAUGCAUAUACGCCAAUUUUGCCUUUAGUAAAUGUUGUUCUUAUUGU